CUUCUCCACGUGCUCAACGUAUCUACCAGGAGUGACAUGCUGUAGGGGGAAGAAAUAAGCUGUUUUUUUCGUUAUCUGUUUAUACAUUUAAAAGCCGACCGUAAAGACAUCAAGGUGGCAAGAUGGCUCAGAGAAGGAAGAAGCUAACCAAGAAAAAAAGACACACAUCUAAAAGGGAGCAGGAGGUCGACUCUGAUGGUGGAGACUUUCAGCUGGCUGCUGAAAUUAAAGACGAUGAUACUCCAGGGAAGAAACUGCCACGCUUCCCUGCGGUGUCAGAUUGCACAUCUGAUGUGGAGCCCGACACCAGGGAACUCGUCCGAGCCCAAAACAAGAAGAAGAAGAAGUCUGGAGGGUUUCAGUCCAUGGGUCUCAGCUUUCCAGUUUAUAAGGGCGUCAUGAAGAAGGGUUACAAAGUCCCUACUCCAAUUCAGAGGAAGACCAUUCCUGUGAUUCUGGAUGGGAAAGAUGUCGUUGCCAUGGCAAGGACAGGCAGUGGAAAGACGGCUGCUUUUCUGGUGCCCAUGUUUGAGAAACUGAAGGCCCCUCAAGCCCAAACAGGAGCCCGAGCUCUCAUCCUGACUCCCACCAGAGAAUUGGCCCUCCAGACCAUGAAGUUCACUAAAGAGCUGGGUAAAUUCACACGCUUGAAGAUUGCUUUAAUUCUUGGUGGAGACAGCAUGGAGGAUCAGUUCGCCGCGCUUCAUGAAAACCCAGACAUAAUUAUUGGCACCCCUGGUCGUCUCAUGCACGUCAUCACAGACAUGAACCUGAAGCUGCACAGUGUGGAGUAUGUGGUGUUUGAUGAGGCUGACAGGCUGUUUGAAAUGGGUUUUGCAGAGCAGCUUCAGGAGAUCAUCCGCAGGCUUCCAGACACCAGACAGACCCUCCUGUUCUCCGCCACUCUGCCCAAACUCUUGGUGGAGUUCGCCAGAGCCGGGCUAACAGAACCUGUGCUGAUUCGCCUGGAUGUUGAUACAAAACUCAGUGACCAGAUUAAGCUGUCGUUCUUCCACCUGCGUGUGGACGACAAGCCGGCGCUGCUGCUGCACCUUCUAAGGAAUGUGGCAAAGCCUCAGGAGCAGACGGUGGUCUUUGCUGCAACCAAGCAUCAUGUGGAGUACCUGAAUGAGCUGUUGUCUUCUGAAGGCAUUGAGUGCGCAUACAUCUACAGCGCCCUCGACCAGACUGCCAGGAAGAUCAACAUUGGGAAGUUUGUGCACCGGAAAGCCAUGGUGCUUAUUGUCACUGAUGUAGCAGCUCGUGGUAUAGACAUCCCCCUGCUGGACAAUGUAAUCAAUUACAACUUUCCCUCCAAAGCAAAACUCUUCCUGCACAGAGUCGGCCGUGUGGGACGUGCAGGACGCAGUGGUACAGCGUACAGCAUGGUGUGUCCAGAUGAAAUGCCGUAUGUCUAUGAUCUCCACCUGUUCCUUGGAAGGCCUGUUCAGUUUGCGACAGUUGACAACACAGAAGAUGCAGACGGUAUGUUUGGAAGAGUCCCUCAGAGCAUCUUGGAUGAUGAAGGUUCCCAUCUGAUCACGGCUCAUGAAAACUCCCUGGACCUGCAGAACCUGCAUCGCGUCUCAGAGAACGCCUACAAGCAGUACCUGAAGUCCAGACCGAACCCGUCGGCAGAGUCAGUCAGGCGGGUGAAAAGCACCGAUGUGUCCAGCAUGGCCGUACAUCCGUUACUCGGUUCUGGCUUGGAGAAAAAUGAGCUGGAACGUCUUCAGUUGGUCGAUGCAAUUAAGAGUUAUAAGUCCAAAUCAACUAUUUUCGAAAUCAACUCUAACAGUAAGAUGCCUGCAAGUGAGGUGAUGCGGAAGAAACGGUCAAAGGACAAGCAGGUGGUGGAUAAGUUCAACAAACACAGAGAGGAUGUGGCGGCAGGAAGCAGGCUGCAGCAGGCGGCUCCCCCCAGGACCACUGCUGGUGAAUACGAGGGUCAGGAAAAAGGAAACGAGGAGGAAGAUCUGCAGGGGGUGUUCUCAGAGGUGCUCGGAGUUAAGAAAUGGAACGUGCAGGAAGAUGGAGAACGCCCAAAGAAUAAGAAAAGAAGGGAAACGGGCAAAGAGGAGGAGUAUUUCAUCCCUUACAGACCUAAAGACUUCAACUCUGAGCGAGGAUUAAGUCUCGGUGGAGAAGGCACUCAUUUUGAACAGCAGGCCUCCUCAGCUGUCCUCGACCUCAUGGGAGACGAGGGCGACCAGUUAAACCAGCACAAAAACAUUAUGAGAUGGGACCGAAAGAGGAAGCGUUUUGUGAAAGAGUCAGGAAAGGAGGAGCAAAACAAGAAGAUCAGAACCGAGAGCGGACAGAUUGUGCACAACAAGAAACGGAAAAACUUCUACGAGGAAUGGAAGAAGAAAUAUAAAGUCGAUGAUGCGGGACCUGGUUCAGAUGGAGAAACGGGUGGAAGGAAAAGAUCUGCAGGGGGUCGGGGCCGGGGCCGGCGAGGACCCAGCUCCCACAGCCCCGCGGCUCCCCAGGUGACGGCAGGCGGGCGCAGGAUCCGAUCUGAGUUGAAAUCCAGCUCACAGAUCCUGAAGCACCGCAAGCUGAAGCAGAAGCAGCAGUUCCUGCAGGGCGGCGGCAUGAAGAGAAUCCGCAGCAAGAACAAACAGUGGGUGGGAGAGAUGAAGAAGUCGGGCUUCGGACGUGGAGGGCAGAAGAAGGGCAAGAUGAGGAAGAGGCUGUGAGGGAGAGACGACUGCAGAGGGCUGACUGCACCACAAGGGGCUUGAUGAGGAGUUUCAUGAAUCUCCAUGUUUUUAUAGUUGUCAUGGUAAAAUUUGUGACCCUGACCUACAGGACUAUCUGGUGUGAUGAAAACCUUGUGGACUUUGAAGGUUUAUGCCUCACCAUACACACAUACACACACACAACUUCCUGACUCCAGAGAGGGAUGAUCCAAUCAGAUGGACUAUAUUCCUCCAAAACUUGGCUGAAACUGUAUGUUUUGAUUUGAUUGACUAAAUACAUUGAAAGAGACAUUAUCCUGUGUCUUGUCUUCAUUAGAAAUGUAUAAGAAGAGAGACGUCUUGGUUUUUUUUUUCCUCUUGGAUGUAUUGGGUCUUCUUGCCUGGUCAAGUAUGAGAGGAAAAAGAAAAGUUUAUAUAUAUAUAUAUAUAUAUAUUUGGCAAAGCACAAUGGAUUUAAAACAGAAAAGAAUAAGCAUUUUAUAUCAAUCAAUAUCGAUAAUUACUGAUUCAUUUUGUUUUGCAUACCUGAAAUGCUGCAAACUGGUGACGUGACCUUUCCUGUUUCAUCAACAAUUUUCUUUUAACUGUAGAUAGGAAAUUUCUUCAACACCGUUUUUUUAAAUUAAAAACUUUUUUUUUUGCAGUGAUACGGCACUUUGGCAGAACCUGAAACUGCUGCUGUGCAAGUUACUAAACAGGUCAUUGCAACAGUAACCAAAAGGUUGAUGCCACCAACUUUUAGUGGGUUGCUAAAUUCUUUUCCUCUGCCUACAUUCUCCAGAUUGCUGUGCAGUUCAGUGAAAUUGAACAUUCUAUUGGACAAAUCUUAUAUUGCCAAUAUGUAUGCAAUAUUUACUGUGGCUGAUUUCUUGCCGAGUCCCAGUUUAGUCCUAUUUAAUGUCAGACAGAGAGAACAAAAAGUACAAGUCUGAUUUGUAGUUUUUGAAAAUUUAGAUUUUUUUUUCCAUGCUCCAUGCAUGUCGUUCUCCUCAAAACUCCUGUUAUUAUACUUUGAUAAUUGUAAAUAAAGUUAAACGUGUUAACUCA